AUGCUAGCAGCAGCACUUCUUGCAGCCACACUUCUGCUGGCAGCAGCACUUCUGCUGGCAACAGCCCUUCCCACAGCCACAGCCGCAGCCACAGGAGCCACAGCCACAGGAGCGGCAGCAGCAUUUCCCCGUCUAUUGUCUCAAAGCAGUAUAGUUGGUGGAAACUCAGCCGAAAGGGAAGUGCUCCUCAAGAGGAGCAUCACAUCUCCCUCUCCUCUCCCGAGUCUCCUCACUGCACCUGAAUCCUCUCUACUGACAACAUGGGCUGUGGCUGUGGUGGCUGUGGCUGUGGCGGCUGUGGCGGCUGUGGCAGCUGUGGAGGCUGCGGUGGCUGUGGAGGCUGCGGCUGCGGUGGCUGUGGCUGUGGCGGCUGUGGCGGCUGUGGAGGCUGUGGUGGUUGUGGAGGCUGCAACAGCUGCACCACCUGCAGGUGCUACCGGGUUGGCUGCUGCGGCUGCUGUGGUGGCUGCUGCGGCUGCUGUGGCUGCUGCAGGCCUGUGCUAG